AUGAAACUUCUUGGAUAUUUGACGUUGUUUGUUUUGUUUGAACGAUCAAUCGGUCGAAAUGGUAGGAAGCAUCAUCAACUUCAUAAUUAUGCAAUAUCUAUGAAUAGUGAACCAACUAAUGUAUUGGAUAGUAUAAUGCAUAAGUAUGAUAAGCGAGUUCGGCCAAAUGCUGAUACGAACAUGCCUGUUAUCAUCCAUAUGACCAUCGUUUUGGGAAUUUUAACUGAAAUUAGAGAAAAUCAACAGGUUGCUUCCUUUGUGAUAUCCCAUGUGCAGCGUUGGCAUGAUCCAAAUUUAUCAUGGGAUCCUGACAAGCAUAACGGUCUAAAACAAGUUGUAAUUCCUCAGAAUUUGGUUUGGGUCCCAAAACUAUUUAUUUACAACAGUAUGGAUACUAAAGAUAUGCUUAAUGAAGAUCGUUACGACGUACGAGUUCAACAUACGGGUCAUGUUAAAAUUAAUAUUCCUCAAUUUGUAACAUCUUUAUGCCGAAUUAACAUCGAUUUGUUUCCUUUUGAUACACAGUUUUGUGCCAUUGCCUUAGCUUCACCCUUGUUGUCUGUUGAAGAGAUGGACGUGAAUGCCACGCGUCCGCCGACUGACUCGUAUUUCUCUGGAAAUGCUGAGUGGGAAGUUAUUAAUGUGACAGUGCGUCAAAUGAAAUUCAUGGAAGAUGGAGAGUAUAGAGCAGAAGUUCACUAUAUUGUUCAUCUGAAUCGACGACCAAUUUACUACAUAACUGUCAUUGUUGUUCCAACUUUCCUUAUCUCAGCUCUAUCCAUUCUUGGAAUAUUCAGUCCUGGCUCGAAUGAUGGUCCCAGGAAUGAAAAGGUAUCGCUUGGUCUUGGAUCAUUAUUAGCAAUGACAGUUCUGUUGGAUAUCGUUGCUGGGGCAAUGCCAAAGAGUAACUCCAUCCCCUUAUUAGGUUUCUAUAUAAUCGUUGUCAUCAUGCUAUGUGCGAUUGCUGUAGCUAUUUCAAUGGCUUUAUUAGGAUUAUCAAGGUCUUACAUACAGACUGAACGUUUACCAUCCAGGAGUGCUUAUAGACUUCUAUUACUUGAACCUGUGAAGGCUAUGAAAGGAAAUGGUAUCAUCCAAAAUAUGGAAAAAUCAACAAAGACGAUACCUAAAUUUCCUGAUUUGUUGGCAAUUUAUGGACAAUUAAUUGAAGUUUCAAAAGCACAACAAGCUUAUAGGGAGAAAAUCGAGCGUCAGCAAUGGAUAUCCAAAGUUGAACGCGAAUGGAACAGAAUUUUUGCAAGAGUUGAUCAUGUCUUUCUAUUCAUGUUUCAACUUCUAAACAUUCUCGUACUCUUAUUAUUCCUUCGUUAUGCUUUUAUACCGGUUCCGGACUUGCCGGAUGAUUUUGCUGUUUAA